CGAUACGCGGUGUGUAUAUAUACAUGAGCCUUUUGACACCCAAACCCUAGAAUCUUGAGAUCUCAGAGAACAGUGAAGUUGAAGAAGCUGCAGAAGCGUGAGAGUUAUCGGAGAACAGAGGAUCCGCCAUGGGUAAGGUUCACGGAUCGCUGGCUCGUGCGGGGAAGGUGAGAGGACAAACACCAAAGGUUGCAAAGCAGGACAAGAAGAAGAAGCCACGCGGCCGUGCUCACAAGCGUAUGCAGUAUAAUCGCCGUUUCGUCACCGCCGUUAUUGGCUUUGGAAAGAAGAGGGGACCAAACUCAUCCGAGAAGUAACUCCAGCUGAUGGGUAGUUUAUAGCAUAGAUGUUUUUUUUUUUCUUUUUAAUGAACUUGUUACGAAUAUGUGAUGCUAAUCUUAAUUUCUGGAGUUCGAUACUGCUUGCUGCAUUUGUAUUUUGCUCAACUAUGUCCAAUUCAUAAUUACUUUGUGAGUCAAAAGUUGAAGUUUUGCUAUUAA